CCUCCCUUCCACCGCCUCACAUCCAGCCCCAGUCCGGCCCGCCCGCCGCCUCCCCCGAACUACGUACAGGGAUAGCUUCCAACUCCGAUCGCCGGCCGGCGUUGAUCGAUCAACAGCUAGCUACACGUGCCGGGCGAUCGAUCGAGGAGAGGGGAAGGUACGUAGGGAGGAGAUCGAUAAGGGGCCGGCCGGAGAUGGGCGGCGCUGGGUGGGGCGUGAUGGAGGGGAUGAAGCCGGUGGCGGGGAUGGUGGUGGUGCAGUUCGUGUUCGCCGGCGUCAACAUCUUCUACAAGCUAGCCGUGAGCGACGGCAUGGACAUGAGGGUGCUCAUCGCCUACCGCUACAUCUUCGCCUCCGUCGUCCUCGCGCCACUCGCAUACUGUGUCGAGAGGAAGAAGCGCACAAAGCUGACGUGGCGAGUCAUCGUGCUCUCCUUCAUCUGCGGCCUCUGCGGGGGCUCGCUAGCGCAGAACCUCUACAUCUCCGGCAUGAAGCUCACCUCCGCCACCUUCGCAUCCGCAAUGACCAACCUCAUCCCGGCCAUCACCUUCGUCCUCGCCGUGCUCUUCCGCUACGAGGGCCUCGCCAUCCGCACCGUACCCGGCCAGGCCAAGGUAGCCGGCACCCUACUCGGCGUCGGGGGCGCCAUGCUCCUCACCUUCUACAAGGGCGCACAGGUCACCCUCUGGCCGCCCACGCACGUCAACCUCGCCGCCCAGCUCGCCGCCCGCCACCACUCCUCUCACCCCUCCGCUGCCGCCACCAUCGCCACCUCCGAGCCCAGCAGAGGCAACCGCGCCAUGGGAUCGCUGCUCUGCACGGGCAGCUGCUUCUUCUACGCGCUCUGGCUCAUCCUGCAGGCCAGGCUCAGCCGGGAGUACCCCUUCCACUACUCAACCACCGCACUCAUGUGCCUCAUGAGCGCGCUCCAGUCCGCGCUCUUCGCCCUCUGCUUCGACCGGGACCCCGCCCAGUGGCGCCUCACAUUCGACGUCCGCCUCCUCGCCGUCGUCUACACCGGGGUGCUCGCCUCGGGGGUCAUGCUCGUCGUCCUCUCGUGGUGCGUCAAGCGCCGCGGCCCGCUCUUCGCCUCCGUCUUUAACCCCAUGAUGCUCGUCAUCGUAGCCGUCCUCAGCUCCCUGCUGCUCGGGGAGGAGCUGCACCUCGGCAGCGUGCUCGGGGCCGUGCUCAUCGUCGUCGGCCUCUACGCCGUGCUCUGGGGGAAAGGGCGCGAGGCCGCGGCCGCCUCCCCGGAGCACGGCAAGGCAGCCGCCCCUGCACACGAGGUCCCGCACAUCGACAUCGUCGUCCACCGCCAUCCUCCACCGCCGCCAUCUCCGCAGCAGCAACCUCAGUCUCCUGGAGCAGCAUCCGCUGCACGGUGA